AUGCAGCAGUUGAUCCAGCCUCAAGCAGCAGACCGGCGUACGUCACAUCAUCUUCUUCAUCGUCUUCAUCGUCUUCUUCUCGUCGCCUUCAUCUUCAUCUUCAUCUCAUCGCCGUAUACUCCGUAUCCUCUCACCUUCGUCUUCAUCUCUGUCUUCUCUCUGCCUCUCAAAGGGACACCAGCUGCCAGCGCAUGUUCUCUCGUCGCCAGCUCAGUCGCUGCCGGAGCCCGCCAGCCCUCGCAUCCUCCCUCCAGCCUCGUCCGGACUGCUCGCCAGGCCAGUAUCAAGACCGCAAUCCCAACUGCUGGAUGGACUGCGGCCUUCGCUUCGUAUCGUCGCGGCCGUCUGCGUCGCUGCCUGUCUCCGCGCCCACAGCCUUGUCUCUGUCUCCGUCACCGUCUCUUCGUCUUCUUCCUCUUCACGAUGCUCUCACGGAAGCAUAGACAGGCGCCGUCGGUGAAGUCGCUGACCAUCAGCCCGCCGCUCCCCUUCCCGCCAUCGUACUACCAGAACCACGCAACGGAGCACCAGCAGCAUCAAUAUCAGAGCCAGCAGCAGGCGGACAUGUACCCACAGCCUACGCCGCGAGAGUAUCCCGAGUAUGCCACCCUGACAGACCACUGCGCGGCGACAAACAUGGAUAUGAACAUGAAUAUGAACAUGAACAUGAACAUGAACAUCGACCGCCAGCAGUCCUACUUUGACCUGCACGGCGGCCAUGGAUACCAGCCGUUCAUCCCCUUCAGCCCAAACGACUACAACUACGAUCUCGCGCCGUCCCGUCUCCCGCCGUCGCCGCCGACCUCUCCGCCAUAUCCAGCGGUUCACCCGUCCCCCCACUACUCGCCACAGGAGCAACAGCACCAGCAGGACUUUUACCCGUCGACACUAGGGUCUCUGCCUCGCUCGUUCAUGAAGAACGCAGGCCAUAAGCGAGGGGCUCUCUCGCUGGGCAGCGGGCGCAGUGGGACGGCCGCAUCUCAUCCAUCCCGCCUAAGCCGUGGCAGCGUCAACACAGAUGUCGGCCGCGCAUCAGAUAUCUCCAUAGACCUGACCGAUAUGCUCUCCGAGAAGCUAGACGAGGUCAUCAACCACAUGGACAUGCAGGUCUUUAGCGGCCGUGAGAGGGACUUGUAUCUCGACGUAGACACCGGCACUCCGCCGCAGCCUGGGUUUGAUGUCAUCUCGAAUGCCAGUUCAGGAACCCGCAGCUUCUUACGUUCGUCUGCAUUAGCUUCGGCAUCUUCGUCUCAUGGUUCAAACAAGACGAACUACUUAGCAAAGGUGUAUCACUAUGCCAACUCCAGACUACCCCCUACCCUGACCCCUCUCAACCUAUUCAUCUCAACAUGGCCUCUGCUCUGUCUGGCUGCCCAGUCUUCUCAAAGUGCCUACAACCGUCCCUCCGGGGUCGAAAAGGAAACACACGUAGAGGGAGACCCUUAUCUGGGCACCAAGUCCAUGGUCAUCAAAUCUGUCGCCCUCGACCACAUGAAUCUCAUCGUCUUCGCCAUUCGUGGCACCACUCGCUCCUCCUUCACAGACUGGGCAACAAACAUGAACGCCGAGCCAGCUUCUCCCACCGGAUUCCUCGACGACCCGGGAAAUCUCUGCCACGCCGGGUUUCUAUCCGUUGCCCGCAAGAUGGUCCGUCCCGUUGCUCUACGUCUCGAACAGUUACUUGCCGAAAACCCAUCUCGCGCAAAGUUCUCCCUGGUUAUAACUGGCCACUCGGCUGGUGGUGCCGUUGCCAGUUUACUAUACGCCCACAUCCUCUCGCGCUCCCUACGAUCGGAACUGAUCUACUUACGGGACCGAUUCAAGCGGAUACACUGCUUCACCUUCGGAUCACCCCCCGUCUCUCUUCUGCCCAUCGAUAAACCGCCAGACUCAAAAUACGCCAAGUGGUUAUUUUACACCUUCAUCAACGAAGGCGACCCCGUCACCCGCGCCGACAAGCCAUAUAUUCGCUCCCUGAUCAACCUGUACAAAUCACCAGUCCCGCAGCAAACAAAGUCCCGCGGCCUGUCCACCAGCAGCAUGCCGAUGAAACUUAACUUUCUCUCUAAAGACCGACGAGACAGCACCGAUCGUGGGGAGAGAUCUCAAUCUAGAUCUAGGCAGGAGGUAUCCUGGUCCAUACCCAUGCCUACUCUAACACUACCAGGCUGCCUGAUCGUUCUGCGUGGGAACAGGGAUAACCCCAGGGACAAAAACCAUGUGGAAGCAUAUCUCACGCAUAACGAGGAGAUGGCAGGUGUUGUCUUUGGGGAUGUCAUGAUGCAUAUGAUGACGCUUUAUGAGCGACGAAUCCAACUUUUAGCUACCGACGCUGUUACGGCCAAGGCUGCUCGAUGA